GUGUUCUGCUGCUGAGACGUUGGACUGUGCCAAGCAAGAGCCUGGCUCCUCCUCAUCAACUUCCCUCAGUGGCCACAUCAGCGGAAUCCAUUUGCCACCUUCUCGACGCUCCUGCACGCAAUAUAAAACCCACCCUUCAUCGUAUUCGCCCCCGCUCACCCGAUAGAUUAGCGGACCAAAUGGCGGCCCAUCCCCACCGCCUCGCCACUCCCGCCCCCCUCCUCCUCCUCCUCGCCUCGAUCGUCACUGCUACCUCCUCCUUCGACAAGACGAAUCCGAUCCGAUUCGUUGUCAAUCGGGUUGAAUAUUAUGACGCCGCCAUCAUCGGCACACUCGGCCGAGCCCGACAUGCCCUCGACUUCGCCCGCUUCGCCCACAGGUACGGAAAGAGGUAUAGUUCUGCGGUGGAGAUAGGGCACCGCUUCGGGAUCUUCCUCGAGAACUUGAGCUCAUUCGCUCCACCAACCGCAAAAGCCUGCCCUAAAUACUCGGAAUAAACGCAUGACACGGGCACUGGAGGCAGCAUAUGCACAGGUUACAGGAAAGAAUAUUUCUCUAUCGGAACAGCAACUAGUGAACUGCGCUUAUGCGUUCAACAACUAUGGAUGUAAUGGAGGAUUUCCUUCCCAAGCUUAAUGCAGGAAUUGAUACUGAAGAGUCAUAUCCAUAUUCUGCAAUGAAUGGUGUCUGUUGCCGGCUCAGUGAACAUCCAAGGGUGCUGAAGAUGAUGAACUUAGGCAUGCAGUUGGUAGGUCUGGUUCGUUCCAGUUAGUGUUGCAUUUCAAGUAGUGAAGGGCUUUAGAUUCUACAACGGAGGAGUUUUUUAUACAAGCGAUACGUGCGGCCACACUGAAACGGAUGUGACCCAUGCAGUUCUGGCUGUUGGUUAUGGUGUCGAGGAUGGCAUACCAUAUUGGCUGAUCAAGAACUCAUGGGGCAAGCGAUUGGGGUCUUGAUGGCUACUUUAAGAUGGAGUUGGGAAAGAACAUGUGCAGUGAGUAUCUUACAUAUUUAGUACAAGCCUGAACCAUAAAUAUUAUUAUAAUAUACGAUACAUUUAUAUACUAUGACAUGCGAUAUUGCACACGAAAAUGAUAUGGUAUGUGAGGUAGGAGUUCCUGCAUAUGUUAUAAAUAUCUAUUACAUA